AUGCCCGCCUUCGUCUCUCUUUCAUCCUUCAUCCUCGCUGCCUCCCUCAGCACCCUCACCUAUCUGGCCUUGCUCCACCGUUGCCUCAAGAAUCGGAUCAACCAUGAGAAAAGUUACGGAUCCCUUCCUAGCUCGGAGUCUAUCAUCAUAACCACGAUCCCCCCCGAGAUCUACACAUCGGAAUACUAUGCUCUCCACGAUCGAGCCAGCCGGCGGGUGCCGCGUCAACUCCUCCCUCACCAGAAAGAUACCAAUAUCCUGACAAUCUUUCUCCGUCGCAACAUGAUGGCCUUCGCGAACUUUCCUCAAGCAUAUAUGUUAUGGGCGGUCAGUCCGGCCGCGACCCGUCCAACGUUCCAUGCAUCGCAUAUCAGUUCCCUGGACUUCAACAAGGGUGAUCUCACCUGCGGAAUAUACCGUGUCUUGGAGCGAACUGCAGACAAAGUCGAGUUUGGAAUGACGCACAAAGGCGUCGAGGGGCGAUUGGUGUUCCGGCUCUGGGACGAGGACAAGGACGUUGUAUUUACCAGCGAAACAGCGAUGUGGACACGGAUGGACGAGAUGCAACGCGCCACAAUGCCACUGGAAAACCCGGUGCUGCGCUUCUUUCAUGAACUGGCCGCCUGGUGGCUGUUGGAUUCCGGGGUCAAGUAUUUGGUCGAUUGGGACGGAGACACAGACUCGGAACGAUUUGCUGGAGGGUUCCUGGACAAAGCCUGGAUAUCCCAUUGUUGCAGAUUCGGGGCAGACAUGGACAAAAAAUCAAGGCAAUUGUCGUUUCCUUUGUUUCUGAAGCGGUACUACAUAUGGUAUUUAAAUCAGCUCCAAGGUCGACUAUGGGGGUUUGUUUGUCUUCCCCGGAUAACCUUACUUCUCAUACAUGAAGUUCCAGUCUAUUCAGAUCCAAUCUAUACUGAGAAUCGAAACCCAACAUGUGCAAGUACAUUUACCACCACUUCAUUGGCUGCGGCCAUGUCGGAUGCUUCAGCAUUGAUACUUGCUUCGAGAUGA